AUGGGCAUUCCUCUGUUUUCCACUACAGGCGUAAAUGCCCGAGAUAUUGAGAUGCCCCCAGAUGAAACGGUCGGGCCUGUUUGGCUAGCCGUAUCGACAACCCUUCUCGUUCUUCUUUUCAUCACCACCGCCCUUCGCCUUUGGGUCCGCAUAGCUCGUCGAAACUUCGGCUGGGACGAUGCGACUAUUGCCUUGGCUGCAAUAUUCGCUACUGUCAGAUAUGCCAUCGCAGCUAUGCAGUUACCCCACGGCAAUGGAAGACACCGUAUGUAUCUCAGCGACUACGACUACAAGAUGAUCAACAUGUACGGCUGGUAUGGACAGCUGUUCCACUUCACGUCGAUGGCAUGUCUCAAGUGCUCUAUCUGCGCGCUGGUCCUCCGGCUCAAUGAUAAGAAGGGGCUACGAAUAUUCAUCCACACCAUCAUCGCUGGGGUACUGGUGACAAACAUGGGCGUUGUGGUCGUUCUCUUGGCGGAAUGCCGACCGGCAGGGUUCUGGAGAGGACCAUCAGCACAGUGCUGGCCAAACAAGAUUCGGAUUUACUGGAUUUACGCUACCAUAGCACAUUCCGUUCUGACCGAUCUCAUACUGUCGUUCAUCCCCUUGACAUUGAUAUGGAAAGUCAACAUACCUCCUCGGAAGAAGAUUUUGGUGAUGUGCUUGAUGAGUCUCGGCCUUGUCGCGUCAGCCUUCGGAAUUACUCGGGCGACAUUCUUGGGAGUGUCGAACGAUGAUCUCAGCUGGACAUUUUGUAUUGUCGCCAUCUGGUCUAACCUCGAACUGUUUCUUGGUAUCGUCGCCGCGAAUCUUGCACUUUCCAGAGCGGUUUACUUCUAA